AUGAGGCCAUCCAUUGUAAUGCCUCUUCUUCUCUUUGCCUCUUUUUCUCUCUGUCUCUUCCCCUUUAUACCAUUCUUAUGGGCAUUAUUCUCUUCAAUAUUCAUACACACUUGUGCCGCUUUGGUAGCCUUUGUAACGCUACGCAAACAUAAAUUCGGUCGCUUCUUCUCCAUAUUGAUAUUAGUAAUGGGCUUUCUAUCGCCCGCUGUUAGCGGCAUUAUCAGUAGUGCCGUUAUAGCAUUUGUGCAUCGUGCCUCUAGCUUACCCAUGUCUCCUAUUAUUGCCAUGAUCUGGGGUAUGGGUCAAACAAUCGUUUCGGCCUGCCUAGGUUUUACACGAAAUUCCCUCUGAUUAUCUGAACGCAGUGGAAGAUAAAUUGCAGCAAUACAAAGAAGAGUUUGCGAAUAUAGUUAAGGAUAAUUAAUGCAAUAGAUCGAAAUAAAGAAAAGAGAAGCAAUUAACCGGGAUGUCUUGUUAAAUGAACUAUGAUUGUCUUAUUGAUAAUUAUUAGCAAUAUUCGUUUUUAUAAACAUUUCUAUCCGCAGUGCACCUGAACGUUGUAAAUUUGUAUUUUCUUUUCUGGAUACGCUUGGAGCCUUCACCAGAAGUCAUGUGUGACUAAAGCUCGCAUCGUUUGCAUUACCACUUUUAUUCCCUGGCUUUGCGUUCUUUCUGGAUGG